GUGGAUGCUUAACGUGCUAUCUCAGGAGGAGCAUAGUGGCGUUCGGGACCUAGAGAUGCCGAAGUACAACUAUCAACACGAAGAUCUCGAUCGAAACAUCUCAACCUUAUGGACGUCCGCCGAACUCGGUUAUAUUCAUGAACGCAAUCGUCUCCAGUUCCAUUUCUUGCUGCUUCUGUUUUGCAACAGUGCAGGUCGAUGCGGCGCUGUCUUCAACAAAGGCCUGCCCUACAAGGUAAGCCUCGGACCUUCUACGAACAAGAUCUGAUAUUCACAUAUUCACAUCACAGGAUAUACGCCUCGUUCUAAAAAGGACCGAAGGCAAGCCUCACUUUCUGUACAGGCCCGAUCAACGUCAUGUGAAGAACAAUAAGGAUCCGACGAACAAGAAGUACGUCAUCACUGGACUGGUAUCAGGUCAAUGCUAACAUGGGGUAGAUUUGGUAUCACAGGCUACGAGCAUGCGGUUCUUCGUUACGACGUUGUCUUUCUCCUUAUCAACUUUGCGAUAGCAGAUGGGGCUUUGGAUCGCCAUGCUUUCAUGCGCAUCAUAGAUGGAGAGGGCGAGGGCCCUAUCGAGUGGCUUCCCGAAGCUCAAGAUCGCUUCAUCUGCCAAGCUCUCGACAGUAGCGGGAAUUGCCAUCCAAGCAAGUGGAUGACCGGAUCGACGUUCGACAGUAUCUUUGCGCGCGUACUGAUGAAGGACUACAACUACAGCAAAGCCUCUGUGCACGCCAUUCGGCGCCAAGUCGCCAAGGGGUUGGAUGGUACGUAUCUGUUCGCAUCUAUGUGAGCAAGGCGCUAAGUAUUGGCUAGAACGCUAUACCGAAACGGAGCGGUCACAGCAUGUUCUGCAUACUGAUCCCCGGAUCAUGGGACAAAGUUACGUAGCUUUUGUUUCAUCUUGCGACACGUUGCUGUCCUGUAUGACGCCUAACCCCAGGCGGCAUGAGCAUUUACGACCCAUCGCCUGGAUUGCGGUGCACAUUUUGCCAGGCCAAGAGAAAUGAGGUACAUCAAUUUGUGUGGAAAGCGCUAACGUAAUCCACAAGCAAGCGGGUCACACAAGCGACCGGGUCAUAUUCCUGCAAUUCUCAAUUACUC